CUUUCGACUCACCAUACCCCUUUUCUUAUUUCUUUUAUUUUUUUAUUGAACGGUUUCGUGUCCGAUUACCGAUCUAAUCAUGGCCUUCAACGGCCAAACCCCCACGAUUGUCGUGUUGAAGGAGGGCACCGAUGCCUCUCAAGGAAAGGGUCAGAUUAUCUCCAACAUCAACGCCUGUGUCGCAGUGCAAGGAACAGUCAAGAGCACUCUCGGUCCUUACGGUGGUGAUCUCCUGCUUGUGGAUGCCAAUGGCAAACAGACCAUUACAAACGAUGGAGCCACAGUGAUGAAGCUUUUGGAUAUUGUGCACCCGGCCGCCCGCAUUCUCACAGAUAUCGCUCGGUCCCAAGAUGCCGAAGUCGGUGACGGAACAACCUCCGUAGUUGUCCUGGCUGGUGAAAUUCUGAAGGAGGUGCGAGACCUCGUUGAGAAGGGUGUCAGCUCGCAGACCAUCAUCAAGGGUCUGCGGAGGGCGAGCGCCAUGGCAGUCAACAAGGUUAAGGAGAUUGCGGUGGACACGAUGAAUGCCUCAGUCACCCAGGAGAAGAAGGUCGAGACACUAAGACGGUUAGCCGCAACAGCCAUGAACAGCAAGCUUAUCAAGCGGAAUUCGGACUUCUUCACAAAGAUGGUUGUGGAUGCGGUACUUUCGCUGGACCAGGACGACCUCAAUGAGAGGUUGAUUGGUGUCAAGAAGGUUACCGGUGGUGGUCUCCAGGAUUCGCUUUUCGUUGACGGUGUCGCCUUCAAGAAGACUUUCUCCUACGCUGGUUUCGAGCAGCAGCCCAAACAUUUCGAGAACCCCGGAAUCGUGUGCUUGAAUGUCGAGCUGGAGCUUAAGAGUGAGAAGGACAAUGCGGAAGUCCGUGUCGAGCAGGUCUCGGAAUACCAGGCCAUCGUCGAUGCUGAGUGGCAGAUUAUCUUCAACAAGCUCGAGGCUAUCUACAAGACAGGAGCGAAGGUCGUGCUUAGCAAGCUGCCUAUUGGCGAUCUCGCCACACAGUACUUCGCAGACCGAGACAUCUUCUGUGCUGGCCGUGUGGCCUCUGAUGAUAUGGACCGUGUUUGCCAGGCUACCGGAGCCGCAACCCAAUCGACCUGCACUGACAUCCAAGAGCGCCACCUGGGUACCUGUGGCGCGUUCGAGGAGCGCCAGAUUGGCGGAGAGCGUUUCAACUUGUUCUCCGACUGCCCCCGCGCUAAGACCUGUACUCUUGUGCUGCGUGGCGGCGCUGAACAAUUCAUUGCGGAGGUGGAGCGUAGUCUUCACGAUGCUAUCAUGAUUGUCAAGCGCGCUCUGCGCAACACAACCAUAGUUGCUGGCGGUGGUGCUACUGAAAUGGAGUUGUCGAGCUACAUGCACCGGUUUGCCGACCGUAACGUCCCGCACAAGCAGCAGGCCGUCGUCAAGGCAUUCGCCAAGGCCCUGGAGGUUAUUCCCCGCCAAUUGUGUGAUAACGCUGGCUUCGACGCUACAGAUAUCCUGAACCGCUUGCGUGUGGAGCACCGCAAGGGUAACACCUGGGCUGGUGUCGACUUCGACAACGAGGGCGUCCGUGACAACAUGUUGGCCUUUGUUUGGGAGCCUAGCCUGGUCAAGGUCAAUGCUAUCCAGGCCGCAGUGGAAGCUUCUUGCUUGAUCCUGAGUGUGGACGAAACGAUAAAGAAUGAGGAGUCGGCUCAACCCGGUCAACAGCGCGGUAUGCCGCCAGGUGCCGCUCAGCGCGCCCUCCGGGGCCGUGGCCGUGGUAUGCCCCGACGAGGAUAA